AUGGUGUUCGACCGGCUCUUCUUCGCCUUGGUCGUUCUUUUGUUCGCCUCGACAGUCCGUUCCGAAGAGACUGCCGACGAGGAGCUGAACUACGAGUUGGACGACGGAGUCGUCGUGCUCACCGACAAGAACUUCGACGCGUUCCUCAAGAAGAACCCGAGCACACUCGUCAAAUUCUACGCGCCAUGGUUUGUAACGACGGAAAUUCGAUUUCCACAGUUUUGACACAAAUCGUUUUUCAGGUGCGGACAUUGCAAAACUCUGGCUCCAGAGUACGAGAAAGCCGCCGCGAAGGUGACGGUCCCACUGGCCAAAGUGGACGCGACAGUCGAGACGGAACUGGCGAAACGCUUCGAGGUGCCCGGAUUCCCGACUCUGAAGUUCUGGAAGGACGGACAGGGACCGAUGGAUUACGACGGAGGAAGAGAUGAGGCGUCGAUCGUCUCGUGGGUCGAGUCCCGCGUCGACCCGAACUACAAGCCGCCGCCAGAGGAGGUCGUCACUCUGACCACCGAGAACUUCGAUGAGUUCAUCUCGAACAACGAACUCGUUCUGGUUGAGUUCUAUGCUCCUUGGUGCGGACACUGCAAGAAGUUGACUCCGGAAUACGAGAAGGCCGCCCAGAAGCUGAAGGCUCAGGGAUCGAAGGUCAAGCUUGGAAAGGUCGACGCGACGGUUGAGAAGGAUCUGGGAACCAAGUACGGAGUCUCCGGAUACCCGACACUCAAGGUAAUCAGAAACGGAAGACGGUUCGACUACAAUGGACCACGUGAGGCCUUCGGAAUCGUCAAGUACAUGACCGAGCAGGCGAAACCAGCAGCCACGAAGUUGCCAAAGUUGAAGGACAUCGAGAGAUUCAUGAGCAAGGAUGACGUGACAAUCAUCGGAUUCUUCGCCACCGAAGACUCCUCUUCCUUCGAGGCCUACUCCGACGCCGCCGAGAUGCUCCGCGAGGAGUUCAAGACCAUGGGCCACACAUCCGACCCAGCCGCCUUCAAGAAAUGGGACGCCAAGCCGAACGACAUCAUCAUCUUCUACCCGCCCACCUUCCAGAGCAAAUUCGAGCCGAAGAGCAGAACUUACAACAAGGGAGCCGCCACUUCCGAGGACCUUCUGGCCUUCUUCCGCGAACACUCUGCUCCUUUGGUCGGAAAGAUGACGACGAAGAACGCAGCGAACAGAUACAACAAACGGCCACUGGUCGUUGUGUACUACAAUGCCGACUUCUCGGUGCAAUACAGAGAGGGAAGCGAGUACUGGAGACAGAAAGUGCUCACGACUGCCAACAAAUAUCAGAAGGACAAGUACAAGUUCGCCGUCGCCGACGAGGAAGAGUUCGCCAAGGAGCUCGCGGAGCUCGGGCUCGGAGACUCGGGACUCGAACACAAUGUCGUCGUGUUCGGCUACGAUGGAAAGAAGUACCCGAUGAAUCCAGACGACUUUGACGGUGAACUCGACGAGAAUCUGGAGGCGUUUAUGAAGCAGAUCAGCAGCGGAAAGGCCAAGGCUCACGUGAAGAGUGCGCCGGCGCCGAAGGACGACAAGGGACCGGUGAAGACGUUGGUCGGAUCGAACUUCAACAAGAUUGUGAACGACGAGUCGAAGGACGUGCUCAUCGAAUUCUAUGCUCCGUGGUGCGGACAUUGCAAGAGCUUCGAGCCAAAGUACAAGGAGUUGGCUCAGGCUCUGAAGAAAAGCCAACCGAAUGUGGUGCUCGCGAAGAUGGACGCGACUGUCAACGACGCUCCGAGCGAGUUUGCCGUCGAGGGAUUCCCGACAAUCUACUUUGCUCCUUCUGGAAAGAAGGUAACGGAUUUCAGGUCUCUCGGCACCCUUCUAUUCCUUAUUUUCAGAACGAACCGAUCAAGUAUUCUGGAAACCGCGACCUGGAAGACCUGAAGAAAUUCAUGACGAAACACGGUGUGAAGUCGUUCCAGAAGAAGGACGAACUCUAA